UUAUCAGCUUUUCUUUGUUGGGAGUCGCCUUCUGCGCCAGUGAGUGUAAAGGCUGCACUUUCAACGGAUCUAUUUACGUAUUUCCCAUCGACAAGUUUUAUCAAAAGAGUAUUUAACGUCGUAAAUUUAGCAACAUGAAGGCUGUAUACGCUCUUGUCUGCCUCCUGGCUUUGUCUGCGGUGUCCGCGGAUGUUUGCUAUAAUGAAGUUUCUAUGGAAUGUGGCCAGGCAAGCAAUAGCUUAGCCCUGCCCAGCUGUAACGCAGUCUACGGUAACUUCGGACGUCAAGGCAAUGUAGCCAACGAACUGCAGGCCUACGCCAACCUUUACCUGUACAGAUCAUAUGAAUAUCUGCUGUCUGCUGCAUAUUACAACAACUACCAGACCAACAGGGAUGGUUUCCACAAGCUAUUCAAGAAGUUGUCUGAUGAGUCUUGGGAGAAGACCAUUGAUAUCAUCAAACAUGUGACGAAGAGAGGCGCCGCCCAUGACUUCCACGCCCGCUCCACCCAAUCCUCGGGAGCCAAGAACAGCACCCUGGAACUCCAGGAGUUGGAGUCGCUGGCUCACGCUCUGGAUACACAAAAAGAACUAGCUGAACGCGCCUUCUUCAUCCACCAGGAGGCCACCAGGAACAACCACAAGACUCACGACCCUGAGAUCGCUCAGUACUUAGAAGAGGAGUUCAUCGAGUACCAAGCCAAGACAGUCAGAGACCUUGCUGGCCAUACCGCUGACCUCAAGCAGUUCAUCACAGCUAACGAGGGCAAGGACCUCUCUCUGGCUCUUUACCUCUUCGACGAAUAUCUCCAGAAAGUCGUCUAAAUACUUAAAAAAUAUAUUAAAAUAUCACCUUAUUUAAAUCAUUAAAAUACUAGUAACACUAGCCAAUUAAAACAGUAGUAGCUGGCAACACCGUUGCGUACAAAUCUAUAGGCUGUUAGAAUGUGAUUUAUUUUUGUUUCAAUUAAGUCCCUAAAUCCUAAUUUAUAAGUAUAUAAAUUGUAUGCUCUAUGAGAAUUUUUUGCAGUUAUUUUCGAAUAAAAUUUAAUUAAUAAUCACCGUUA